AUGGCAUUGGGGACCGUAGCAGAGGAGGUGGAGGUGGAGGUGGAGAUAAUCAAGCCACGGAAUGAUAAAAGAGAGUACAGAAGAAUUGUUCUUCAGAAUAAUCUACAAGUUCUUCUCAUUAGCGAUCCCGAAACCGAUAAAUGCGCUGCUUCAAUGGAUGUUCGUGUGGGUUCUUUCAGUGACCCAGAAGGACUUGAAGGACUGGCUCAUUUUCUUGAGCAUAUGCUGUUUUACGCCAGUGAGAAGUAUCCAUUGGAGGAUAGUUACUUGAAAUACAUCACCGAGCACGGAGGUAGUACAAAUGCCUUUACAUCAUCUGAACAUACCAACUACUUCUUUGAUAUCAACCCUGACAGUUUUGAAGAAGCCUUGGACAGAUUUGCACAGUUUUUUAUCAAACCACUUAUGUCGGCUGAUGCUACCACAAGGGAAAUAAAAGCUGUUGACUCUGAAAAUCAAAAGAAUCUUUUGUCUGAUGGUUGGAGAAUGAACCAGCUUCAGAAACACCUAAGUGCAAAAGAUCAUCCAUACCAUAAGUUCAGCACAGGGAACUGGGAUACUUUGGAGGUACGGCCAAAAGCAAGAGGCUUGGAUACUAGGGAAGAGCUUCUACAAUUCUAUGACAAUAAUUAUUCAGCCAACCUUAUGCAUCUGGUUGUUUAUGCUAAAGAUAGCCUUGAUAUAUCUCAAAGCCUGGUGCAGAAAAACUUCCAGGAAAUCCGCAACGCUAAUCGAAGUUGUGCCAGUUUUAUUGGUCAGCCUUGCACUCCGGAACAUCUUCAGAUUCUUGUCAAAACCGUCCCAAUAAAACAAGGAGAAGGAUCUCUGUUUUAUGUCUUAAAGAAGUUAGGUUGGGCAACAAGUUUAUCUGCUGGUGAAUCAGAUUGGACUUCCGACUUUUCUUUCUUUAAAGUUGUAAUUGAUCUGACUGAUGCUGGUCAAGAGCAUUUUGAGGAUAUCGUGGCACUGUUAUUCAAAUAUGUUGACCUCCUGAAGCAAUCUGGUCCCUGUGAAUGGAUAUUUACUGAGCUUUCAGCCAUUUGUGAGACUGCCUUCCAUUAUCAGGACAAGAUACGGCCUUCAGAUUAUGUGGUUGAUGUAGCGCUAAAUAUGCAGUUCUAUCCUCCAAAAGAUUGGCUGGUGGGUUCAUCUUUGCCUUCAAACUUCAAUCCAGGCAUUAUCGAGACAGCAUUGAAAGAGCUCACUCCACACAAUGUCAGAAUAUUUUGGGAGUCAACUAAGUUCGAAGGACUAACUGACUUGACAGAACCCUGGUAUGGAACUGCAUAUUCUGUAGAGAAACUAACUGGUUCCACAAUUGAGCAAUGGAUGGAGAGCGCACUUAAUGAACAUCUACAUCUGCCUGCCCCUAAUGUGUUCAUUCCUACUGACCUGUCUCUUAAGAAUGUCUCGGAUAAAAUGGCACUUCCAUGUUUGUUGAGAAAAUCAACAUAUUCAAGGUUGUGGUACAAGCCAGAUACGGCAUUUUCUUCUCCCAAGGCAUAUGUUAAGAUAGAUUUCAAUUGUCCCUUUACUGGAAGUUCACCCGAAUCUGAAGUGAUUACAGAAAUUUUUACGCGCUUGUUGAUGGACUACUUAAAUGAAUAUGCUUACGAUGCACAGGUUGCUGGUCUUUAUUAUGGAGUUAGCAACACUGACUAUGGUUUUCAGGUCACUGUACUUGGAUACAAUCACAAAUUGAAGAUCUUACUGGAGACCGUAAUUGAAAGAAUUGCAAAUUUCGAAGUAAAACCUGACAGGUUUUCUGUUAUCAAGGAACUGGUCACAAAGGAAUAUCAGAAUGUGAAGUUCCAACAGCCAUAUCAGCAAGCUAUGUACUACUGCUCGUUAAUACUACAAGAUCAAACAUGGCCCUGGUAUGAUGAACUUGAAGUUCUUCUGCAUCUAGAAGCUGAUAAUCUUGUUAAAUUUUAUCCCCUGAUGCUAUCAAGGACCUUUCUGGAAUGCUAUGUAGCAGGAAACAUCGAACCAAAUGAAGCAGAGUCAAUGAUCCAGCAUAUUGAAGAUAUUUUUUUCAAGAGUCCUCGCCCUAUCUCUCAGGCUUUAUUUGCAUCUCAGCACUUGACGAAGAGAGUUGUUAAUCUUGAAAGGGGCAUACAUUACUUUUACAGUGCUGAGGGCCUAAAUCCAAGUGACGAAAAUUCUGCCCUUAUCCAUUACAUUCAGGUGCAUCAGGAUGAUUUCAAGUUGAAUGUUAAACUCCAGCUUUUUGCUCUCAUAGCAAAGCAGCCUGCUUUCCACCAGCUCAGAUCCGUCGAGCAACUUGGUUACGUUACUGUACUUAUGCAGAGGUAUGAUUCUGGGGUCCGUGGUGUGCAGAUUAUCAUCCAAUCCAAUGUAAAGGGCCCUGGACAACUUGAUUUGAGAGUUGCGUCUUUUCUCAAGAUGUUUGAGACUAAGCUCUAUGAGAUGCCCAGUGAUGAAUUUAAGAGCAACGUUAAUGCACUUAUUGAUAUGAAGCUUGAGAAGCACAAAAAUUUACGAGAAGAAUCUGGGUUCUACUGGAGGGAAAUAUCUGAUGGGACCCUUAAAUUUGAUAGGAGAGAAUGUGAGGUUGCAGCGCUGAAGCAGCUGACUCAAAAAGAACUGAUAGAUUUCUUCGAUGAAUAUAUUAAAGUUGGCGUCCCACAAAAGAAGGGGUUGAGCGUGCGAGUCUAUGGUAGUGCACAUUCUUCUGAGUACAAGUCAGACAAUAGUGAAACUGCCGAAUCAAACAGCAUUCGUAUAGAAGAUAUUUUCAGCUUCAGGAAAUCUCGACCGCUUUAUGGGUCAUUCAGAGGAGGUUCUGGCCAAAUGAAAUUGUGA